AAUAUUUAAAAAACUUAUUUCCACUGUGGCCCCUUAGACAAACAAUUUCCCCGCAUAAAAUGAACAUAAAACAAUUAACAACAAUAAUGUCUAUAUAAAAUAAUUAACACAUUAAAAUAAGACAUUAAAAACACAACUAUAAUAAGAACUGAUGUAUGGGCAAGGUAAUGAUAUCUUUUAGGCCUGUUUGUAAUCACAUUUAAUUUCAUACGGAAUAUGAAUCCUGUUGUGAGAUAUCGUUCAUUGUGCUCUAUAAAUACCAACAUAUAACCAAGAUAAAAACAACUAUUCUUAUUGUAAUAAAUAUAAUAAAAAAAUAAAAAAUGUCUGCACCUCAUUGUAUUUCUAAAAAGUGUUGACGAGAAGCAUGAAACAUACAUAUGAUUGGCCUAAAAGUCGGGGAGAAGAUACAUCAAGUAAAUGUUUGCUGCCACCGACGGUCGAUCAUCGUGAUCGCAUCAUGCAUUUUCACAUAAUGAUAAACAGUCAGCUAGCAAAUACGUUAAUAAAUAAUAAAAUAUAUUUUCAUGUGAUGUCAAUGCAGAUCCAGCUCCAUUGUCUAAGUAUGUGGUAGCAUUUGCUAAGAAAGACAAAACCAGAGGAACACCUUAGAAAACUACUGUAUGCACUGAUCAACUGGAAGUGUUUUUACCAACAAGUUAUUGAUGAAGACGAUCAAGACUACCAGAGGUCCAGAAGAACCCAGAGCACAAGUGCAAGAGAUGAUCGUAGAAGAGCUAACACUCAAGAUGCGGACAGAGGGGGGAGGCAAAGAGAUGAUAGAAGAUCUUCUAGUCGAAGGGGUGGAUAAAGGCACUGAACGUUGGAAUACGUCAAAAGGAAGAGGUCAACACGAUUACAGGAACAAAGACCAAUCGGCAAACAACCAGCACAUGGACCAUCUCAGUAACAUGGCAAAUGGCAUCAGCACACGUCUGGGAAGCAAAUCCGGUAACAGACCACAAAGUAGAGGAGGCUUUCGUGGAAGAGGACGCAACAGCUGGGAGCACAACGAGGAAACAAUAGAAGCAAUUAUGAUCAUCCAGUGCCUCAAAAAACCAGACCUUAUAUAUGGGCUGGUGCAAACUUGCAAUAUUCUUAUACGCAUCUAACUUGUAACUCUUAAACUGUUGUUAUUUUGUAGCCUUUGACCUGAAGCAAGGGAUUACCAACGAUCUGUCCGGCCAUCUUUUGGGCGGCCAACAAUUAU